GCUCCAUACAUGUACAUAGCCGAGGACACUACUGGACUCAUCAACACUGUUCCCACUAACGUCACUGAACAAUCUCUACUCAGUCAAGACUGUAAAGUCUUAUCUUCCACAUAUUGGAACUUUUCUACUGACCAAGGACUCCUUGCAUGCAAUAACGUUCAUACCCUUUCCGCUAACGAUGUGUACUUCAAACGUUACGACUUUGAUAACGACAGCAAAUUUCUUACUACUACACCUACAGGUACAGCUAACGGAUUUUCCUACAUGCCUGGAGAUUAUUUUAACAACACUCCUCCAUACAAAUAUAUGCCAUUCUGGAAAAAACUCGUACGCACUACUCCUGUUCCCACUACUCUACCCACCGCUGUGUCUGAUUACAUUGCUUUUGAUGCCUACUCUUACACUAUUAAUCCCAUAUUCCUCUUCCUCCCCUACAUUGAACCUGUAUCCACUUCCGAAGAUAUCGUCCGCAUGAUGGGACAUGUUCUCCGUGAAACCCAACUCACUCUUACUCUCAUCGGUCCACAGGACGGCUGGCCAAACAUUGCCAGCACUCUCAAUGUCUCGACUGAAGCAAACUCUUGUGCUCUUGAUACUGGCCACUAUACCGAUAAAACUUUGAUCUUCCCUACCUUUCUCAAUCACGCAUACAUUUUUCCUACCACAUUACGUCUUCUUCGUAGAAUCGAUAUUGGCUAG